AUGGUCGCUGGUGACCAGAUACCGACGACGCCCCCGGUCCCUUUGAAGCCAAUCCCAAUCCACCCGUUCUUCGAUGCGGCCGGGGCCGCAGCCGCUGCCGAGGCCGAGGCCGUCCAAUACGGCACGUUCAUGACCCUCAUCACCAAAAACGACAUGCUCUAUUCGGGCGUGAGGGAGGACGCCGACGCGUCGCCCAACCUGAUUGCCUUCCAUCUCGCCACGAUCCGCGAGCUCGCCGGAUCCGAGCUGCAGAUGCGGCCGCAUACCGUCUUCACAGUGGCCAGCAAUCGGCAUUGCGGCCGCCGCAUCGACGAGUUCCGCACCUAUUAUGCACGCCGCCUUAUCAAUCCCGGCGCACCACUGCGCGACAACCUCGUCGCCGAGCUGUUCCAAGGCGGCUCCAGGCCCUUGUGGAUGGGCCUGUUUGGCUGCUACGGCCUGCCGCUCGUCCACCUGAGCGACUCGUUCGAGAUAAAAGCAGCCACCUACGCCAAGCAAGCCCUGGCCCUCGCCGCCAGCCACCUGGACGACGGCCUGUGCGGCUUGUUUGCUGCCAUUGCCGCCGACUCCCGCCGCCGGUCGGCGCUCUUUGGUUCGAAUGGUGCUGCUGCUGCUGCUGGCGCGUCCAGACACGGCCGGCACCCGCUGCCCAAGUGGACGUGCGAUCCGCUGUCGAUCUUGCGCGACCUCUCCCGCGACGGCCGCCUGUCCGGGCUGCCGCUCGUGCUGCCGGGGUACACGAGCCAUGCGGCGGCCGGGCGGCCCUGGUCCAGCGUGCCGGUUGUGGGACAGGUCGUGCUGGAGAGCGUCUGGCGCUGGGACCUGGCCGAGACGGUCGACCCGCUGGACGCCCUCGAGGAGCUCGGCCGCGUGACGACCGUCGCGCUGGCCUGCGGGACGCACAAGACACCGGGCGCCGCCGAGUUUGAUGUCUACCUGUGCUUUCUGCCGUCGCUCGUGCUCGCGCUGCGCGUGUUUCUCGCCGCCGUCCGCCUGCAGUACCCGGCCGUCAGCGAGAUUGCCCUGGUCCUGGUACGCUGCCUGUGGGCGCAGAUUGUGCUGGUGUACAUUUUGCAGCUGCGGCCCAACGUGGCAGCAACAGCGACAGUGGCGACGCCGACGCCGACGCCGACGCCGCCCGAGCAAGGCACCGCUCCCUGUGCAACCCCCCCCGACGACGACCACUUUUUGUUCCGCGCCUUCUACAACGACACGGCACUGGACCAGCCGCGGCACCAGGACGCCUUUUACCUGCGGGCGCUGCGCAGCUUUGCCAUGCUGGCGGCGACCGAGCGUGAUCCGGCGUGGACGGCACGGAUCGACAACGCUGCAGUGAAGCUGCAGGUAGGCUGGCAGCGCUGGCUCGGUCUGAGCCCGGGCGAGGCGGCGACGCUGGAUAUCCGACUGUAG